ACGUCAGUCAGUGCAGUCGUGCAUGUGGCGUUUCCACGAAAGCUGGUCAGUCCAUCAUCAGUCAGUGAAUGAAUGAUUAGCGGACUUUUCAUAUCGUUCUAGUAUUUUUAUACAAUAAAUAAGUCAUCUUCCGACUGAGAAAUUGUAAUUCACCGGUAUUUCGUGAUGUGUAGAGUGUCUAGUGGAAAAAAUUCGCUCGCCUCGUGUGCAUUUAGAGAGGAAUUUAAUCCUCGCGUUUACGUAAAGCAAGGCUGUGUUUUGUGAUGCAACCAGUUGGUUCAGCACUUUUUCUCACCGGUUAAAUAUACAUAUUGUUCAAAAUGGACAUCAAGUCAUUAUUCCUCCUCAUAGGGAUUCUCUUUUCGAGGAUGACUGGCUCUUUUUCCUGGAAAGUUUCAAUCAACAGUGCUGUACUAAAAAUGCAUAUGUAUGACGCAGUACAAGUUUCAUUCUUCACAGAUGUCCCAGCAACUAUUCAUUCGAAUGUGCUGAUAACAGCCAAUAAUUCAGAUCCAAAUGUCGUAGAUAUUGAUCUUCCCCUUUUCCAUCAUGAUAAAAUUGUGAAAGGAUUUUGGAACGAUACAAUUAAUGUUACGGGUCUGUUUUUGGGCAAGGCGAAAAUUAUUCUCUCCAUUAGUCUAGACGGAGUGCUUGUAAAUUCGAGUAUUAUGGAAGUAAUAGUCACACGACAAGAACGAGUAAUCGACACAGUAUUCACAGCCAGUGUCGUAAUUCUCGUUUCAAUUCUAUACAUCAAUUUCGGAUGUGCGAUGGAUUGGGACCUCUGUCGAAAAACAUUAAAAAAACCUGUAGGACCAGCUAUUGGAUUCGUCUGCCAAUUUCUCUUCAUGCCCGUGAUCAGUUACGUGAUUGGAUAUGUUCUGUUUCCCGAUUAUCCUGAAAUGCAACUGGGUAUUUUCUUCACCGGUAUUAGCCCCAGUGGAGGGGCUUCUAAUAUCUGGACAUUAAUGCUUGGUGGAAAUUUAAAUCUCUCUAUCACCAUGACUACUUUAUGCACCGUGGGAGCUUUUGCAUUUAUACCCUUCUGGCUCUUUACAUUGGGCAAACAUAUAUUUGAUCGUGGGAAUUUGCAAGUGCCAUAUUUCAAGAUUGCAACAUAUGCAAUUGGCUUGCUGAUUCCUCUCGCUAUUGGCUUUUUUAUACAGAAAAAGAUGCCAAGAUUCUGCAAAAUCAUGGUUCGAAUUAUGAAACCUUUCUCUGUGAUUCUCAUCAUAUUUAUCAUAAUUUUUGCAAUCGUCACUAAUCUUUAUCUCUUCAAGCUCUUUUCUUGGAAGAUCAUCGUCGCUGGAUUGGGCCUUCCAUGGAUGGGAUAUCUUGUCGGUCUUUUUAUGGGACUAAUAUUUAGACAACCAGGAGCUGAUGUUAGAGCGAUAUCGAUUGAAACAGGAAUUCAGAAUACUGGAAUAUCGAUAUUCCUUCUUAGAUUCGGUCUUGAGCAACCAGCUGCAGAUCUCACGACAGUUGCUCCCGUAUCUUGUGCGAUAAUGACGCCCGUUCCUUUGACAAUUUUUUACAUAAUAAAAUUAAUUUUGGAUCGAAGGAAGAAAAAGUUGGCAGCUUCAAUGGAAAAACUACAAAAUCAUCAAAUUCCCUCAAUCACGACUUCUCUAACAUAAAUCAUGCUCAAUCAGGUGAUAGAUUUAUCAAAUUUAUAUUUUGUUACCUAGAAGGUUACGGGCCUCGGGCUACUUGUUUGUACAAAAAGCGGUAAAAAACGUUAGAUAGUUUUUAUGUACAUAUAGAAUUAGUAUUAAUUAAUGUGUAAAUAUUCUCUCGAUUAUAGAGAAAAAAGGGAAUUAAGGAUUUAAAAAGAUUCUAAAUCAAGUUCCUUUUUUUGGCCUCGAAAUCGCAUACUUACGCAGGCCUAUUUAUUUUUUGGUACGAAAUGACAAUUUAGACUAAAAAAAUUUCCAUCUAUCGCAAUGUGCCAAUUUAUUUUCAGAGAACAAAAGC